AUGGAAGAGAAUGACCAGAACCACAGGGAAGUGGAGCAGCACCAGGAGUCAGGGAAUGAUUCCAACCGGGGGAUCCUGCUCCCAGGAUCCAGGGAACCACCAGCCCCACGGCAGGGUCACCAACUUCUUCAUUGAUAACAUCCUGCGGCCGGAGUUCGGGAGGAGGAAGGAAGCCCACAACGAUGAGCUCUACCUGGGCAGGGACAGUGUGGCUCGGACUGGGACUGAGCCCAGCCAGCACCGAGGUACUGUUACCGAGGGAGAAGGGGCAUCCAAAGCCAUCACUGUCACCCAGGACAAGAAAAGCGAGGUGGCCAUGGAAGGAGCCCUCAAACCCAGAGCCAUGAGUGGGGACCUUUCCUUGAGCUCGGACUCUGAUAGUUCUCAAGCCAGCUCCACCAACAAGAAGCAGCCUAUGUUGUGGCCAGCCUGGGUCUAUUGUACCAGGUACUCAGACAGACCUUCAUCAGGUCCCAGAUCCCGAAAACCAAAGAAGAAGAUGGUCAGCAAAGAGGACAAAAGGCCCCGGACAGCAUUCACUGCGGAGCAGCUCCAAAGGCUCAAAGCUGAGUUUCAGACAACAGGUAUUUGACCGAGCAGAGAAGACAAAGUUUGGCUCAGGAACUGAAUCUUAACGAGUCUCAAAUUAAAAUCUGGUUUCAGAACAAACGAGCUAAAAUUAAAAAAAGCGUCAGGGAGCAAAAACUCUCUGGCACUACAUCUGAUGGCACAAGGACUCUAUAACCACUCCACCACCUCCAAGGACAGCAAAUCAGACAGCGAAUAG